AUUUAAAAAUUUUUCAGACAAUGUGUGAAAUCCAUUGAAAUAAACUCUUUUUUUUUUCUAUGCACACUAAUUUUUUGUUGGUACUAGAAUCAUGCUAAAAUACAUACAAUGCAUAAAUACAACAAAAAUCUUGCAAAAGCAACAAACUCAACUCUGUACAACUAUCCUUUGUUCUUUUUUGUUGAUCUAUGAUUAUUCUACUAUCACUGACUGAACAUCAGACUUGUUAUGUCAUCAAUAAAUUAAAAUAAUAUUUCUACAACAAAAACAACUGUUUUCUAAAUUAAAAGUAAAUGUAGUUAACAAAUAUGGAUAGCUUCAAUAAUUUUUCUGAUGAUACCCUGCAUCUUUUAACUUUUAAUGAAAUUAAACACGCAGCUGAAAGGAUAGAAGGGGGCAUAAUACACACGCCAUUAUGUGAAGCUAAACUUAGUAAACAUAUGGAUUACAAUAUCUAUUUGAAAUGUGAAAACCUUCAAUAUACAGGAAGUUGCGCUGAGCGUGGUAUCCGCAACGCCUUUAUAGCGAACGCCGACAUAGCAAAGAUGGGGGUAGUCGUACCUUCCAACGGGAAUCUCGCCUACGCUGCCGCUUAUCAUGGCGGUAUCCUGGGAAUUCCGGUGACGGUUGUGCUGCCGGAUCGGACGCCGCCUGCGCAGGCGCAACGCUACUCUGAGCUGGGCGCAGACGUCAUGUUGUGCGGGGACCACAUCGACGAUGCCAUCGGCUUUGCCAAGAAGAUUUCGCAGGAUACCAAACAACUAUUAAUACUUCCUGAUGAUCCGCUACUGAUGGCUGGACUGGGCACGGUGGGUUUAGAGAUCAUCACACAGCUCCCAGAGACUGACGCCGUCAUAGUCCCGGCGGCGUCGGGCGCUUUGCUUGCAGCCAUCUUAGUGGCUUGUAAAAAACUCAAAUGCUCUUGCUUGGUCUAUGGUGCAGAAUGCGCUAAGGUGCCGAAGAUGAUGAAGGCUUUGCAAGCCGGGCGCCCCGUGACCGUGCCCGUGCAGCCGAACCUAGCAGACGGCCUCAACUUCUCCACGGUGGGCUCCAACGCCUUCGCCACCAUCAGGGGCCGUCUAGACAGAAUGUUGGUGGUAGAUGAAUCGUACAUAGCUCGUGCGAUAAUCAACGUGCUGGAGCGAGAGCGACUGGUGGCGGACGGCGCUGGUGUGUGCUCCAUCGCGGCCGUCAUGCAAGGGCUGGUGCCAGAGUUGAGAGGAAAACGUGUCGUGUGCGUAAUCAGCGGCGGCAACAUAGACUGCGGUCGCCUGUCGAGGACCAUCCAGCGUGGGCUGGGCGCCAGCGGGCGGCUGCUGCGCUUCGCGGUCGCGGUGCCCGACCACCGGCACGGCUUGGAGAACAUCGCCAAAGUCAUCUCCGACCAGAACGCGGUGCUCAAGAGCUUGGUCACCGAGCAGAUGUGGGUGCACACCGAUGUUGGAACUACUUGGGCUAAUGCUGUAGUAGAAAUGUCCAGUGAAGAACAUAUUUCAGCCUUCAAAGACCAUCUGCGAAGUGUGUACCCCAAUGUGAGAUUCACAGUUAAUGAUCUUGAAGAUAGGCAUAAAAUCAAUGGACGAUAGUUAUAAUUCUCUAUCUCUAUAUGUUAUUGUUUCUAUAAGAUCUUAAUAUAAAAUUAUUUUCAUGUGAUGUGUGAAAAAAAAUAAUAAAAAACAGAUUUAAGA